UCGAACCAAACAGCACCUUGAUGUAAAAGAGGGGAAAAAAAAAGGAAGAAAAGCUAGCACCACUCUGCCGAUAGCCAAAAUCAUUGGUGCACGCAUGGCUGGCUCAUGGCGCCGAGGCCGCAAGGGUCCGACUUCGCCGUAGCAGAGCCGGUGCUGCCUUGGGCCCAACGAUUCCGAAUCGGUUCCUGAACAAAUCUGCCAAUAAAUGCAAACAUCCGCGUCUCAAUCGGCAGUGCUUGCAGGAACGCGGGGUUCAAUCGGCGGCCGGAUCGAUCUAUAUAUCCGCCGAGAGAGAGAUUUGAGAUCGAGCUAAUGAUGGGAUCUGUGCUCCGCUCCCUCGUCCUUGCGUACGACGACGCCAAAGAGUUCAUGGUAGAGAAGGAGCGGAGGGCGGAGCGGGAGGUUAACCAGCUCCGGCCGGCGGCGUUGCUGCGGUGGGACGGGGCGCUGCCUCUCCCCCUCGACGAGCAGCGGCGGAUUGUGCAGCGCUGGAUCGAGUACGAAAAGCGCAAGGGCCCUUGCCGCUAUAACUUUCUCAAAGGGGAGAUGUUUGCCUGCAUUGCUCGCCCUCAUGUCCGCAUCGCCCUCCGUUAUUACAACUCCCAUCAUCCGGGUGCUGAGUUUGAUGCUGUCAGGUCUUUGAAUGCACAUUUUGCUUCAUUCAGAGGUGACGAUUGGUCCCAUGUCAACUUCCUGGCUCGCAGGAGGGGUUGUAUUGAUGCUCCCGUGCUUCGCUUCUUCGCUGAGAUAUCCUACCAUGGCCAUCUCGCUAUAAAACCAGUGUUCGUAUCAUGCACCAUAUUACGGGAGGAGCCACUGUUCGUCAGGAGAAUAGAAACGGUUCAAGAACCAGUACACCUCACCACAAAAAGGGGAGCAAAUCAAGAACAAAUAGUCCACAAGUACAGAAGCAAGUGUGCAUUUUGCCCCGAUCCCGGUGAGAGUUCGCACCCCAGCGACGAGGAAUUUGAUCUCUAUGCGAUUUUGCACCCUAGCGACGACGAAUUUGUGUGUGGAAAGGAGGGCCAGGAAGUGGGUUCAUCCUGGUUGUUCUACGUGGAAGAAAGAGCACUCGAUCACAUCCUCGUCAGACAAAGAAAUUUUUUAGAUGAUGUGACCGAUUCUUUUUAUUUUGUAUUCUGUGUAUUUUUCAUAUGGCUUGCUAAACUAGCUAGGAUUCCCUCCUUCUUCAUUUAUUUGUUAGUAUUGACCUCUAUUGUUGUAACUUUGAUCCUCAAUAACAAUUAA